AUGUCCUCCGUCGCUCGCGCCAUCCGUCCUUUUGCCUCUCGGGUCCUUGCCCAGAAGCCCAUUGCUCCCAUCUGCCAGGCUUCGCCCGCUUUCCGUUUCCCGCGGGGAACCAGGAGCUUCUCCCAAAGCCCUCUGGCCAAGAUCGGUAUCACUGACUACGCCGCCCAGUCUCUGGGUGACGUUGUCUACGUCGAGCUCCCCGAGGAGGGCCUCGAUGUCGCUGCCGGUGAGCCUGUCGGAGCCGUCGAGUCUGUCAAGUCUGCUUCCGAUGUCCUUUCCCCCGUCGCCGGUAAGGUCAUUGGCGGCAACAGCUUGCUCGAGGACAAGGCCAAGACCAUCAACGAGAGCCCAGAGGGUGAGGGCUGGAUUGCCGAGAUUGAGGUCGCCGAUGCCGCUGAGCUCGGUGCCCUCCUCGACGAGGCUGCCUACAAGCAGACUAUCGAUGCUUAA